GCCAUCGACGCCAGCCCGUUCGGGUAGCCAAGCCAGCUGCUACAGCGCUCUCUCAUCCAUGGGGCAGGAGACUUUCACUGGCGCAGGCGUCACUCCAUCCUCUGCAAGGCCCGUUGCGGUUCACAUUGCAGCAACGCGGCCACCAACGAUGUCGAUCUCCGUGCUAGCAGCCCGACAAUCCGGGGUGCCACUCUGCACAUAUGAAAUACGCCCUGCCAUUCCCCUCCAGCUACUCAUCUUGUAGCUUUCUCUUCCAACUCCCCAAGAUGCAGGAAUUCCUAGGCCUGCGAGGCCAAAGCCUCUCCCACGCCAUCGCCCUCGUCACUGGCCUCAUUUUCUUCCUCUAUGGCUAUGACCAAGGCCUGAUGGGAGGGUUUCUCACAAUGCCGGGCUUCUUCCGUCAGUUCCCCAGGAUCGACUUGGCCGACAGUCCGACAGACCUCUCCAAGGUCCGAAUGAUCAGCUUCACUGUGGCAGCCUGGAAUCUGGGUUGUUUCGUCUCCGCAAUGAUUGCAGUCUUCAUUGGCGACAGCGUGGGGCGCAGGAAAAUGGUCAUUAUUGGGUUGGCACUUCUUCUCAUCGGUGAAGUCAUGCAAUGUGCUUCUUUCGUUUGGGGACAAUUCCUGGCCGGAAGACUGAUCGCUGGAAUCGGAAACGGGUUCAAUUGUGCAACUAUGCCCGCAUGGCAAGCCGAAUGCACCAAAGCUCACCGAAGAGGUACUCUUCUCAUGAUCUCUGCCGGUGCCACCACUGCUGCCGGCAUGACCAUGGCCUACUGGGUGGACUUUGCUUUCGCAUGGCUAGAGCCCAGCUCAGCAGCCUGGCGAGUACCCAUCGCCCUCCAAGUCGGUCUCAUCUUCCUCGCCGCUGGAAUAGUCGCCUUCAUGCCUGAGUCACCACGAUGGCUCAUCCUCCAAGGUCGCGAAGCUCAGGCACUCAAGAUCCUCGGAGCUCUGAACAAUACUGACUCCAACACCCGCGACGUCCACCAAGAAUUCCUCCAAAUCAAAGACGCUGUUAUCGAAAUGGCCGGAGCCAGUUUCUCCAACCUCUUCAAAAUGGGCGACUAUCGCGACUUCCAUCGUGUAGUCCUCGCCGUCGUCCUCCAAUUCAGCUCCCAACUCUGCGGCAUAGUCUUCAUGACGCAAUAUUAUGCCGCUAUGUUCCAACAACAAUACCUCUGGGGCGACUGGGAAGCCCGUCUCCUCGCCGCCGGAGCCGGAACAGCCUUCUUCCUCGCCUCGUUCAUCGCAGUCUUCUGCAUAGAUCGCAUUUGUGGCCGUCGAGCCCUUCUUAUGUUCGGCACAGCCGGAAUGCUCUUCUGCAUGAUCGUCCUCUGCAUCAUGCUCAAAAUCCACACCCGCCCUUCCCUCGACGCAGGCACAGCCUUCAUCUGGCUCUUCUGCUGCGCCUGGGCAAUCGGCUGGCAAGGUAUCUCCUGGCUCUACCAAGUCGAAAUCGUCCCUCUCCGAAUCCGUGGCCCAGCAAACGCCCUCUCUACAGGCGCCAACUGGCUUGGCAAUUUCAUGGUCGUCAUUGUCGGUCCCGUGGCAUUCGCAACCAGUACCUGGAGAUCCUACAUAAUCUUCAUCGCGACCAACGCUGCGAUCUUACCGAUGAUUUACUUCCUCUAUCCCGAGACUAGUAUGCGUUGUUUGGAAGAAGUCGAUUACAUUUUCUUCACAGCCAAUUCUUCUCCGAGACCUUGGUUAGACGUUAGGAAAGCCGCUGCGGAUCUUCCACUUUGGUAUGGUGCUGGGGAUGAAGAGACUCCGUACGAUUACGAGGCUUCGGAAUGGCAUCAGCGACAUGUCCGCUUCUCGAAUGAAGUUGAAGACUCCGAAGGUGAUGUUACGACUUUGGGUCCGGCUUCCGGAGUGAGGCCCGAAAAGGCUCGCAGUGAUAGUAGCGGAAGCAGCAGUGAAGACGAGAAAAAGUCAGAGAUCUACAGUGAUGGCACCGCGCCAGUUUCUUUUGUGCAAGCACUCUCCGAUGGCAGAGCUCGGAGCCAGAGCAGGGGACGACGCCAUUAAGUGUAUGUAAUAUGAUGGAAAACGUGGACUGCGACUCAAUCGAGAGGUUUAUGUAUGCACGUAUUGUAUAGUACCGAC